AAAAUACUGUAUCAUUUCCUGUACGUUAUUCAACGCAGUCAAUAAUAUUAUUUGAUACUAUAGUGAUAUACAGACAUGGUUAACUAUACAUUAAUGUCAGUAUUUUUGUUAUCGUUUUAUUUUAUUGGUUUAGGUUCUGCUGAAACAGAAUUUGAAAAAAUUUACACCGAAUGCGUAGAUGAUAUGAAGAAUGAACAUUUGAUGUAUUAUGAUCCAGAUCGUAAUAGUAAUGAAAAUGCAUCAAACUUGUCUGGUUUUAUAUCCUCUGCAGUAACUAAUUAUUGCUCAGGGUAUCUUACCUCAGGUUAUGCGUAUGAAUUUAUAAAGAAUUACAGAAAUGACAAUUUAUUUGCUCGUUAUAAAUAUCCUUCCUCUUUCUGUGUGGCUCUAAAGUCAUAUAGACAACCGUAUAAACACGUAAGUGAAAUUACACGUCUUCCAACCGAAACACUUAGUAACAUACGCGUAGAGUGUCUUUGUGAUAUGGUCAGCCAUGGGUUGGCGACCCAUGUUAACACCGAAUGCGUAGGUAAUAUGGACAGCCAUGGGUUGGCGACCGACGAUGCGUCCCAUUCGUCGUACUCUGAUGUAGAUAAUUUGAAUGCAGCUUUUGAACGAAUAUAUAACAGCGCGCGGACAUUAAAUAAAGGUUAUGCAUUUACAUUUAUAAAUUCUUACAAUGGGAAUAUAUUAAAAGAUGAUUUUAAAGGUCCAACAUCGUUUUGUAACGCAUUAUCCAAUCAAGUAGAUCCGUUUACAGAUACGGAUUCUACAUAAUUUAAAGUUGUUUAUUUAAUUCCAUUAUAAUUUUUACGAAAUAUAUUAAAUAUUCUUAUUACCUUAAUCUACUAAUCGUAUUAUUUAUUAUCUCUUUUCCCUUAUAAAUUCAUGUUUGGAUUCAUCUGCAGUAGUGUAGGAGAAGAUAUUGAGGCCAAUCGUGACCCUAAUGUUGAAACCAGAAAAUAUCCAAAUGAAAGUCGAAUGGGCGAUGGCGCAAGAAUAUACUCUCGGGGACAAGUUGCCGUAUAGUUUGAUUGUACCAGGGUAAACAACUUUUCGUGAUGCCAAAUAGUAUCGUAGUGGCAGCUCACGACUUGUGUGGAGGUACAGCGCCAAAUUAACAACAGCGAAUCCAAAGUGACUGGGCAGACUACAUUUGAGCUAUUUAAGGGCUAUCAACCGCGAUUCGAAUUGGCUAGGUUGCGUGACCUUUCGACUACGGCUGAAGAGUGGAUAUGCCUCUCUAAACUGUGGGAAGAUGCCAGGAAUGAGGUAAUCAAGUAAUACUAUAAUACUAUGGGCCUCUUGUUGUGACAGAGGUGUUUCGAAACGAUGUAUAUAGGGUCUCACAACUGACUGAAGAUGGGGCGAGACACUAAGCAACAACUGCACACGUGUCGCAGUUGAAGUCGUGCAUGUAAUAAACAUAAAACCACGGAAAUUUUAUUCAGCAAAUUUACUCACAACCUUCGACAUAGUGGCGUAAGUCCGAUAUCGCUCCAAAUAGUCCCGUCAACGCGACAAUAGAGCGCGCUAAUGUGCAUCCAGUUUUUGGUUCCCGGGCGGCCGUGAGAACUUUGCAAACUUUUAUGUUUAUUCCAAUAAUAAGAAUAAUGUCAGAACUUUUCGGUACACUCCCAAAGCAACCUAUUCCAUAAAAGAGCAAACCAUCACAAUUAUUUACCAAAAGACAUAGUUCAAUAAACAGAAAACUCCAAACUAUUUGGCAUCAGUAAUGUUCAUAUAAGAGCCAUCAGCCGAGCCGUCGAUAUCUCUCAGUUUUCCCGAUCGGAUACGUUCACAGCUGAUACCUGGUCAACAUGUGAUUUCUUCUUUCGGCUGCUUUCAAAAGCGAGUUAGAGAAGGGUCACUGGCUCGGCCGAUCAGCUGUGAGCCAUAACCGUCCGUUGAUAUCGCCGCGUAAUUUCAGUAUCGUCGUUUCGUGCCGAGCCGAGCCGAGUAUAGUAAUGUGCCACCGCGGUACUGUUAAACCGUAACCGCGUAUUCACGUGUCGUAGUUUUCGCUCUUUUCACUAUUCUGGGCCACCCACCGUCGGGAAGGCUAGAAUAGCAACUUAAAGUGCUGCCGCCGUACCUUUAAACAGUUUAAACCGUAAACACGUAUUCACGUGUUAUAUUUUCUAUUACACUACUCUGAGACACCUGUCAUUGGGAAGGCUAGAUACGUAUAAGUGCCGCCGCAAUUUAAACCGCCGCGUUGAUCAGUACACGCGUAUUCACGUUCAUUAGUUUUAUAGUAUUGCAAACUCGCGAAAUUAUAUUAUAUUCAAAAAUACUGUAUAUUCCGUCAAAUAUCAGUAACAUUAAUUAUAUCAUCAAACUUUUA